AAUUCUUCUAUUUUAUCACAAUUUCUCUAAGACUCACAUAAAGUGACUGAAAUCUGAGUUUAAAGUGUUCUAUUCUAUUAUUCGCACAAUACAUUUUCAAAUUUUCAUGUUUAAGCUUGGGUUGUUUUAUCAUUUAAUUAGGUACGCUGCGUUUAUUGUGCUGUGGGAAAAUUUGGAUCAUGUACCAGGAAGAAGAACCUCUAUUCGGAAACCUUUUCUGGCCUCCCAUUUAGCUACUAUGAUUUCCUUAAGUGGAUCGUACUAUUUGAUUUCUUUGAGAAAUUUCACUGAUCACAAUCUCUUUAAAUGACACGUGACCUUGCUUUGGUUUUUCCCACAAUCUUCAUUUGCUGCACCAUUGCAAGGUUUGGAGCACAAUGAAGUUAAAAUUCAAAAAGUUGUUAGAUGCACAACUUCAAAAUUUGGGCUUUAACGCAUUUUCAAGGCCUAUAGCAUCUGGGGUACCCUAUGAUGCCAAAGUGCCCAAAACCCUAAAAGGGGUUAAGGUCUCGGCAAUGAGGCUUAGGAGUGAUAGUUUGUGGCAUAGAGGUGUUCAAUUCUACAAAGAAUUUGAGAUCCCAAAAAGGGUUAUUGAGCACCCUUUUGUUGAGAAGCUUGUAUUGGUAUACCAAAACUUAGGCAAUUUGUCUAAUAAAUAUUACCCUUUACAUGGUUACACAUAUUUGGCUCCAGUUUUGGGUCUACUGGCCUAUAAUGGUACCAAUUUGUCUCAUUCAAUGGUACCUGAAUUAUUGCACAUUAGAGCUUAUAAAAAUCCAAUUUUGAUAAAGUUUUCUAAUAUCAAUUUACCCCAAUCAGGUUCAUUGUCUAAGUGUGUGUACUUUGGUUUAAAUGGUUCAGUACAAUUUGACACACUAUUACCCAAUAAUGUAUGUUCAAGUUUCCAACAAGGGCAUUUCUCAAUAGUGGUGGAAUCAAAAUCAGUUCCCCCAUCACCACAUGACCCUAACAAGAAGUAUGAUUUUUGUAUACUAAUUCCUUGUUUGGUUGGUGGGUUUUUGUUGUUGGUCAUAUUGGGUGUAGUUGUUGGUGUUGUGAGAAGAGCCAAACAAGGUGCAAGGAUACAACAUUUAGAAUAUGUAGCUGAUAAUAGUGAAGCUUUGGAGAUAAAAUAUAUUGGGGGCACAAAGUUGCCAUCAGCAGGAAGGAUUCGAACAAGACCAGAGAUAGAACACACUUACAUUUUUUAGAACAAUAUAUAUUACAUUUUUGUAAGGCUCAAACUGCCUCUGACAGAUGAGAUAUAAAAUAAAUACAGAAAUUGAAAGAUAUAAAAUUUUCUUGCA